AUGAAACUUAUAACCUUUCAUAACGUAGAGCAGCUGCGCAACAAGCCAAUUAACGACGCGUCACCUCAAAGUUCACUAAACGGACUUACAAGUGAACAGAUAUUCGAGAAAUAUUCCAAAUGCUUUGACGGAUUAGGGCGCAUAUCAGACCCUUAUCACAUUAAGAUUAACCCUGACGCAACACCUGUUGUUCAUCCACCUCGUAAGCUUCCUUCAGCGUUGAGAGAUCGAGUCCAGAACGAACUACAAGAAAUGGAAUCCAGGGGAAUCAUUAAGAAAGUCAACGAACCCAUGGCAUGGGUAAACUCCAUGGUAGUUAACGAGAAACGCUCGGGAAAAUUACGUAUAUGCAUCGAUCCACGAGAUCUCAACAAAACUCUGCGUAGAGAGCAUUACCAACUCCCCACACAGCAGGAGAUGACAAGCCGCCUGACAGACGCCAAAUUCUUCAGUAAACUGGAUGCGAACUCUGGAUUUUGGCAAAUGCCACUUGACGAAGAGAGCUCUUAUUUGACGACAUUUAAUAUGCCAUUUGGUCGCUAUCGCUUUACUGUGAUACCAUUUGGUGUCGUGUUUGCACAAGAGGUGUUUCAUAAAACUGUCAACGAGAAAUUUCAUGAUUUACCCGGAUGUGAGACGGACAUCGAUGAUAUUUUGAUUUGGGGACGAACACUGGAAGAACAUGAUCAAAACCUUGAACGGGUUCUCAAUCGAGUGGCAGAUAUCAAUAUGACACUUAGCAAAGACAAAUGUCAGUUUCGACAAACCAAGAUAACCUAUCUGGGAGAAACGCUUACGGCAAAUGGUGUCAAGCCUGACGAGACCAAAGUUGAAGCAAUCAAGAAUUACCCCAAACCUACGAACAAACAUGACGUCCAACGACUGUUAGGCAUGGUCAAUUUUAUCGCCAAGUUUGCACCGAACAUUUCAGACGUCACUGCACCUCUGAGAGAACUCAUCAAGAAGAACAUUGCAUUCCACUGGCUCGAAACACACGAGAAAGCAUUCCGAGAUCUACAGCAUUUACUAACUGACCCUGCUACUCUGCGUUACUACGAUGUAGCAAAACCAGUGACACUCCAAGUCGACGCUUCACAAAACGGUCUUGGAGCUGCUCUAAUCCAAAACCAAAGUCCAGUAGCUUACGCAUCGAAAGCCAUGAACGACACACAACGACGCUACGCACAGAUCGAAAAGGAACUGCUGGCUGUUGUUUUCGCCUGCAAAAGAUUCCAUCAGUAUGUUUAUGGUAAAACCAUUACUGUCGAAAGCGACCACAAGCCUCUGGAAGCUAUUCUCAAAAAACCCUUGUCACAAGCACCAAGUCGCCUCCAGAAAAUGUUAAUGCAGCUACAAGCCUACGACAUCAACUUGGUUUACAAGAAAGGAAGUGAAAUGUACAUCGCUGAUGCGCUGUCACGUGCAUUUCCCCCUGAGAUAAUACCAGAGCAAUUUGAAGAAGACAUAGCUUCGGAGCGAUUCAUCCAUCUGAUGUCAUCCGAGUCUUACGUCACUGACCGGAAACUCCAAGCCAUCAAAGAUGAAAUCCAUACAACCGAAACAAUGCAACUUUUGGUCAAACAGAUACAAGAUGGAUGGCCAGAUCAUAAGAUACUGGUUCCAAGUGAAGUACAACCGUACUACCCAUAUCGCCAAGAACUGACAACCGAAGGUGGGCUUAUCUACAAGGCCCAUAACAUACUCAUUCCACCAUCAUUGCGAGCUGACACCCUCCAUAAACUCCACCAAUCACACCAAGGAAUUGAGAAGACAAAGAGAUUGGCUAGGGAGAGCAUAUUCUGGCCAGGUAUGAAUUCCCAGAUUGAAGAAUUAGUGUCGAACUGUUCCACAUGUCUUCAUCACGCCAGUGCUAACCAACGAGAACCACUCCAUCCUCAUGAAAUUCCCAGUCCACCCUGGCAAAAAGUCGGCACUGAUCUUUUUGACUGGAAUGGAAAACCGCAUCUAAUAGUUGUUGACUAUUACAGCCGAUACCCCGAAGUUUCUGAACUUCGAAACACGAAAGCACAGACAGUUAUCAACAAGACAAAGUCCAUAUUCAGUCGACACAGAAUCCCAGAAAGUGUAGUCUCCGAUAACGGCCCACAGUACUCAUCCGAAGAGUACAAACAGUUCACUAACGACUACAACUUCAUCCAUAACACUAUCAGCCCGAGAUACCCCCAGUCUGGUGGUCUACAUGAAAAGACAGUCCAAACAGUCAAGAACCUUCUUGAAAAAUGCAAAGUCGCCAAUCAAGACCCAUAUCUCGCGUUGUUAGAUUACCGCAACACCCCUAUAGAUGGCGUCUCCCCAGCACAAGCCCUAAUGAGCAGACGACUCCGCUCACCCCUUCCCAUAUCCCAAAGAAAGCUUAAUCCAAAACCUGUCAACAGAACCACUUUCCACGCAGCACGUCAACAACAGAAACAACAACAGAGAAAACACCAUGACCGCACUGCUCACCCGUGCGACGGUGAUACAAAAGCACGAAGCACCACAAAGCUACGUAAUAAAGACUAG